CAUGCACGCCACAGCCUGGUGGUGCACCGCGUAAAGAGCGCUACACACCCGGAUGAGCAGCGACAGUUCCAAAUUAUUCGAAAUGCCGGACACGGGAGGGGACCCAUGCCGCACGCCUGCAUAUCAUCUGAGUGUGUGCUGACAGUCGACAGUCGGUACUCGUAUCAGACUAGACUGAACAACAACAACAACAACAAUAUCCCCGGUCCUUCUUGUUCCACCUGGACUAUCCACAGCGCAGAGCCGUACAGAGCACCAGGGCACGGCUUUCAUUGGAGUCCUGCCGUUAGUGUUACGUAAUUCCGAAACAACUUGGUACCUCCCGCUAGCUUCAUCAGCGCAAGCAGAACGUCUGCAAUUCCACCUGGUGUGUUGGAGUCUAAAUUGGUCACCCGUCGCUCGGUAUUGAGGCGGCAUCAAAACAGCAGCAGAUCGUGUGGGCUGGUCUGGACAAGGUGUCGAGGAUGUGGUACACGUGUAUGUGCGUGCUGACCCUAGCGGUGGCUGUCAGCGCACAAGCGCCGACGAUUCGUAACGACGAAGGUAUCGCUAACGCUGGAUACACAAACUCAAAGACGAUAAACUUCCGUGCGUCGGGCACCAAGGCUGGCUUUCCUAAGAUCUCCUGCCGGUUAGACUCGCAGGGAGCAAGUACAUGUCAAGACCCGCAGACGUACACGGGACUGACGGACGGCAAACACACUCUUGUAGUCCAGUUUGCGCUUUCUAACGGCCAGGUUGACACAUCGGCGCAGACGGUGUUCACGUGGACAGUGGACACAACACCACCACCCAAGCCUCAAAUAGCCGUCAAGCCCAAGCUGCAGACCAACACCAAAAUGCCCCAGUUCCAGUUUACAGUCGCAGGUACUCAAAUCGGUGGUCUCUCGUACAGCUGCCAGCUUGCCUUGCCCGGCACACUGCCAAUCAGCUUCCCGUGCUUUCAAACAACUGAUGUCUCUUCUGCUGCGUCCCCGGUCCAGGGAGUACCUUCAACUGGUCUACUUGAGGGACCGUACACGAUGCAGGUAAAGGCCAUCGACGCUGCCGGUAACCAAGGUGCCUCGCAGCGCUACGGGUUCACUGUCGAUCUGGAGGCACCGAAUGUUGUUCUGGAUUCCACCACACCCAACACGCUCAACGGUGAAACCACCAACUCACCGUCGAUGACAUUCGCCUUCCAUUCCAUCGACAAGUUCCCGGAGCGCACGGACGCCAUCGGCCACUACACGACCAUCAUCCGCAACCCUUGCCCGCUGUACAACUGCACCAUGCAGUGUAGUCUUGACAACGCCCCGCUCACCCCGUGUGUCAGCCCGAUUACGUACACCUCACUGACUGCCGUCGGCCGUGUGGAGCGUCACACGUUCCGAGUGGUCGCUACGGACAACGCCACCAACGUGGGAGUGGGCCCUGACGAGCUGCAGUACAGCUGGAGCAUCGACGGGAAGAAACCAAUAGUGUGGACGCCAACACUGGGUAGUUCGUUUCUGUCUCUACCACCGCGGUACACGAACAAGACUGCGGCUAGUUUCACCUUCACGACUGACGAACCGGGGCAAGUUGACUUUACUUGUCGCCUUGACGGAUCCGGUCUCUUUACCGCCUGUCCCACCAAGCCUUACACUGGACUAGCAGAGGGGGAGCAUACUCUGCAGAUCCAGGUUACGGACAGGGCUGGCAACAUCCAGACACUGAUGAACGUGCGCCGACCGGUGAACUACACAAACGCGUUUGGCGUGAACUCCACCACGUCCGUCUUCCAGUGGCGCGUUGACACAACACCACCACCCAAGCCUCAAAUAGCCGUCAAGCCCAAGCUGCAGACCAACACCAGAAUGCCCCAGUUCCAGUUUACAGUCGAAGGUACUCAAAUCGGCGGUCUGUCGUACAGCUGCCAGCUUGCCUUGCCCGGCACACGGCCAAUCAGCUUCGCAUGCUUUCAAACAACUGAUGUCUCUUCUGCUGCGUCCCCGGUCCAGGGAGUACCCUCAACUGGUCUAUUUGAGGGACCGUACACGAUGCAGGUAAAGGCCAUCGACGCUGCCGGUAACCAAGGUGCCUCGCAGCGCCACGACUUCACUGUCGAUCUGGAGGCACCGAAUGUUGUUCUGGAUUCCACCACACCCAACACGCUCAACGGUGAAACCACCAACUCACCGUCGAUGACAUUCGCCUUCCAUUCCAUCGACAAGUUCCCGGAGCGCACGGAUGCCUUCGGCCACUACACGACCAUCAUCCGCAACCCUUGCCCGCUGUACAACUGCACCAUGCAGUGUAGUCUUGACAACGCCCCGCUCACCCCGUGUGUCAGCCCGAUUACGUACACCUCACUGACUGCCGUCGGCCGUGUGGAGCGUCACACGUUCCGAGUGGUCGCUACGGACAACGCCACCAACGUGGGAGUGGGCCCUGACGAGCUGCAGUACAGCUGGAGCAUCGAUCGUAUACCUCCCAACACAACCUUCACCCAGACACCAUCGAAAGCGAUAGCUAUUGACAGUGCCACAUUUGAGUGGACCACCACCGAGCCAGCAGCAAGACCACCGCAGUUCUUCUGCAGUCUGGAUAACGGUGCUCAGUUCAACUGUACGCCUGUACCAACGGCCGGUAGAUACCGAUGGACUCUCCAGAAUCUAACGAAUUCGUUCAAUCACAUCUUUGCAGUGGUGGCUGUUGACUUCUACGGCAACGCCGCUCCGGCCAUCACGUACGCAUGGCAAGUCGAUGGUGGGUGGUCAAGCUGGACGAGCUACGGGCAAUGUUUUAGUGUGUCAGGAGGAGGUUGUUCAAAACAACGCAGCCGCACCUGCACCAAUGGUGGAGCCCUGUGCACUGGACAUUCGCAACAGCUUCAAAAUUGCAGUUGUCCCGUGAAUGGUGGUUGGUCACCAUGGACAGCGAUAGGUGCAUGUUCAGUAAGUUGCGGAGGCGGCCAGCAGCUUAUCGUGAGAUCUUGCACCAAUCCCACUCCAGCACAUGGCGGGACCGGGUGUACUGGUCUCCACAACCAGACCAUCAGUUGUCAAACUAAACCAUGUCCUGUGGAUGGUCAAUGGUCCAAUUGGUCACCAUACAGCCAGUGCAACGCAAGCUGUGAAGGAACUCAAGUCCGAAAUCGAUCGUGCAACUCUCCGACCCCAGACUAUGGUGGAAAGAUUUGUAUUGGAAAUUAUACUCAUCAGCAACCAUGUGGCAAAAUGAACUGCCCAGUGGAUGGCGGAUGGUCGCAAUGGUCUGGAAAUCUGGAUGCGUGUUCGGUUAGCUGCGGAGCUGGAAGUCGCACUCUGAAACGAUAUUGCAACACACCAGUGCCACAUCACGGAGGAUUAAACUGUUCCGGUGUUGGAGCAAAAACCAAACCGUGCUUCCUAGGCGAAUGCCCCGAAGCUCCAUCAACUGUCGAACUUACUUCGACGGCCAGCGAAGUUCACGCAAACAGUGGCUCAGAGUCUCACGCCAGCACAAGUGGCUCCAAAACUGUAGCAAUCGGCGCUGGUGCUGCUGCGGGUGGAUUGUUUGUUCUGACUCUAGGAGUCCUCCUUCUCUGCAAAUCGAGGAUUGUCAAUCUGAGAGAUAUUAAGGAUGGCGAACGGGAACUCAGAAAUGUGUCCGGGUCUACUCAUCUUGUGUCUGAUUCGGACCAGAACAUUCCACAACGCUUGGAGGCCAAUGUGGCGUAUGAGGGCUGUGAACUCACUAGGAAUGAUGCGUAUAGCUGUGUGGACUCGCGCCUCAAUGAAGUGCUUAGUAACUCUGAAGCUGGCGGCGUAGAAGAGUCCGAGAGCACCACGGAGGGACAAUACACUUACAGCCGUAACCUGUAAUAAUACAAAUGGUCAUCUAUAACUUCAAAAUACAUUAUCAUCAUCUGCUUGAGUUAUGUACAGCGAGAGUAAACUGAUGUCAAUGUUGCAAAGGGCACACUUGUCCCGCCUAUAUCCACUUCAACGUCCACUCCUUAUCUUCUAUCCCUUUGUCUACCCUUUCAACAGUUGCAUUUCUCUGGUCCAAAACGUUGCCACACAGCAAGUGGCCCGUUGCGCAAUUACGGUUUGCAGAUCAACAAGAUACAAUACUAUAAUUAUAAUAACUACAUUAUGCCCUCGAAAUAAACAUUGUACUCUUUUCAGCACACCUCCAUCUAGCAAUCCCAAGGGGAUUGUAUCCUUUCAAUUGUCGAGUAUUGUUAACGAUCUUCUCAUUGCUAUAGCCCUGGAAUAGCUGACUGCACACGAAAUAGCUGCACACGUUAAUAAUUUUGGUACUCGCUCAUUUGAUCCUUGUCAGUAAAUACUUGUUAACAACCACACAAGCCGA